AUGGCGUCCUUCUCAGGAAAGUGGUCUGGCCUCUUGGCCAUGGCCCUGCUCGCCACCGGCGCGCUUGGUCAGACGAUCGACUACCUGAUGUCGACCAAGCACGACUUCAAGAAUCCCAUGGACGUCACCAAGCCGGGCAUCAAGUUCAAGCCCGGCAAGCCGCUGACCAAGUCGACCGACGCCGCCGGUGGUCAGCCGGACGCGGUCGGGCUCUCGAUUGAAGACUGGAACUCUUUCCAGACCAUGGAGAACGUCGGAGGCUCGGUCACCGACGCCACCGGUAUCAUCCUGGCCGAUGUCCGCAAGGCCAACCCGCAACUCUACUGCGAGAUCCUCAACAUGCUCUACUCGCAGAACGAGGGAUGGCUCAACGCCGGCGGUGUCGGUAUGAACUCGGUUCGCCUCCCCAUCGGCUCUUCCGACUUCAGCCUGGACUACUACACGGCCGAUGACCCGCAGAAGUGCGGUGCGCCGUUCACGGGGGACCUCAAGUACUUCAACCUCGCCGGAUCGUCGCCCAAGCUCUUCCAGACCGUACUCGACAUCAAGGAGGUCAUCGAGAACAGCAGGGGCUCGUCGGAUUCCGUCAAGCUCAGCACUCGCGCCCUGCCCUGGACCGCCAACCCGGCGGCCAAGUCGUCCAAGAGCUACGUUGGUGCCGGACAGCUCGACUCCAAGUACGAGUCCUACUACGUCAACUACCUCCUGCGCUCGAUCAAGGAACUCUGCAAGCUUGAUCUCUGCCCCGAGUACUUCUCGCUUCAGGAAUCCCCGCAGCACGUGUCGGGGACCGUCCCAGUCAUGCAGAUCCCGCCUGACCAGGCGGCCCGCCUCGCCAAGGCGCUUUACCAGAAGAUCCACGCCGACUCUGAGCUCAGUGCCUACUACCAGGGUCGUCCUCUGGUGAAGCUGUGCGCCCUCGAGGCUUCGUGGUCCGAGUCUGACUUCGAGUACGCCGACAAGGAGCUCGGCCUUGCAAAGGAUGCCUUUGGCGCCGUCUGCUGGCAAGGAUAUGUGGGCUACAAUGCGACCGUUCAGACCGACAUCCAGGCAAAGUACCAGAAGAAGACACUCUUCACCGAGAUGACUUACACGCUCAGCCAGGAGCCCUGGGGCAACAUGAGGGACUUUGUGUUUAAGGUCGGCACCAACGCCAUCUCGCGCAACACUUCGGACGUCAACGUGUGGCAGACGGCGCUGCGUACCGACGACGCCAUGUCCGAGACCUUCCCGAGCCUCAACGAUUCCUGCAAAGUUUGCCUCGCCAACGUGCUCAUUCUGCCCAAGGCCUUCCGCGGUCUCCGCUCGCAGACGCAGCUCACCUACGACCUCGACCACGUCGCCACCCCCAACUGGCUCGACGUCGCCGACAAGGUGGCCAACCAGGUGAAGCUCACCUUCCAGGAACUCGAGUCCCUCAUGCCGUUCAACGUGAGCAGUGGCCAGAGCAUGGCCCAGGUUGCCGAGAAGGUUGGUCUGGCCAAGCCCGGCGCUGCGUCCAAGCUGCAGUCGACGCCAGAAACGACCAAGGACAAGGGUGGGGCAAAGCCGAGCACCGAGGAUGCGUCGGCCAAGGUCCAACAGCCUGCCAACGGACACAAGAACCUCUCGUCGCGCAAGCUGCACCGUCGCCAGGCCGCCAAGGGAACCACCGCCAACGGGCCCAACGAGUCCAAGACCACAAAGCAGGGUACCACCGCUGACAAGGCGACCAACAGCGGCAAGACUGACGGCAGCGGUGACAACGGCUCCGAGAAGCAAUCUGGGCCCGACCCGAGCGACCACAUCUCCCAGACGCCCACUGGUAAGCCCCUGGAGCCAGCCGAAUGCUUCAAGGAGCGCGGCCUUGUCUUCAAGUACGAGCCUUCCCACUGCUCGGCCAUGGCCGCCCCUCCCCGCAAGGGAGGCCAGGGCAUCUAUGGUCCCAACGGCUACUACGCUCGUACCUCGCAGAUGGACUUUGUCGGCCACCUCGGUGCUGCCGUGACUGCUCGCGCUGGCUGGGGCCAGGGCGUGCGUAUCGGCCUCUCGUCGACGGACAACCCCAACAACGCCGACGUCAUCAACGGCAAGAUUAUGGGCACCGCCUUUGAGCAGGUCAGCCUCACCAAUGCCGACACGUCGCGCUUCUGCGUGCUCAUGCUCAACUGGAACGACCACGACCAGAAGCAGUUCGACCCGGUCAAGGCCGUCAUCAGCUUCCGCGGCCAGAUCGCCGAACUCGUGACCGACCCCGGCGUCUACACGUACUGCUUCAGUGCCGAGUCUUCGCGCUCCUACUACAGCAAGAACCCCAAGCCUUCCUCGUCCUCCAACACCGUAACGACGAACACCGAUGACCUGAAGAAGCUCGACGGAUCGACCAACCCCGCUGACAGCAAGAGCGGUCUCGGUCAGGGCACCGCGGGUGCGACCGGUAAACAGCAGGCUGAGGGCAAGAGCAGCAAGAUUAACGGUGCUGGCGGUGUCGCUGAGGGCGCUGCUGGCGGCGUUGGCGGUGGACCUGGCGUUGCCGCUGGUGCCGGAGCGGGUGGCGGAGCUGGCGGUGGAUCUGGUGGCGGCAUCGGUCAUGGAUCUGGCAGUGGCUCUGGCAGUGGCAGUGGCUCUGAAUCUGGCUCUGGCAGUGGCUCCGGAUCUGGCUCUGGAUCUGGCAGUGGCUCUGGCAGUGGAUCUGGCAGCGGCUCUGGCAGUGGCUUUGGCAGCGGCUUUGGCAGCGGCUUUGGCAGCGGCUUUGGAAGCGGCACCGGUGGCCAUGCCAACUAA